AUGACUGGACUCGACAGAAGGGUAAUAGACGGCUGCUGGCUCUUUGUUACUGUUGCUGCUGCUGCUGUCUCACAAGAAAAGAAACAGGGCAAACUAUCGGCUGCAGUCACACCCGUCCCCCAAGAUCGACUUUGCUUGUUUCCUUUGACCUCUCUGCUUGCAGUACGAACGGUGACUCGAUGCAUGAAGCCGCCGCCGCCCCGGAAAAGAGCCCGUUUGGUUUGUUUGGCUCUCGUGAGGGGAUGGCACAAGAUCAUUGGAAGUUACUACCUACCGCAAAGACAAGAUCAAGAUAGAGAGAUGAGAAAAGAUGCCACUUUGGGACGAGUCACGGGGCGUAGCUGUGGCUGA